AUUAUCAUAUAUAAAUAAAACAAAUACAUAUAAAAACAAUUACAAAUACGUUUUUACAUAUAUAUAUAUAUAUAUUAAUAAAUAUAUACAUAUAUAAAAAAAAAAACAAAUAAUAAAUAAAUAAAUAUAAAUAGUGUAAAUAUAAAAUCAACAAAAAUAUAAUAAAACAAAAAAUAUUUAGUGUAUAAAAGGAGUUUAUUGAAAUUAAUGCAGAAAUUUUAUACAUAUAAUAGUUUUAUUGAUGAGGGCAGGGGGCAACCAUUGGAGCCCCCAAUUUUGUUCUGUUGAGGCAUGUCGUAAUGGCAAGAGAGGAGUCUCGCGGCAAGAGACCCCUAAAAAUUUGGGAUAGUUGGCGAAAUGUCCGUAAAGGCGUAGUUGUUGGAAGCUUUGAGGAAUUAAUAGUACGAGGUAAAGAUAAACUUGGGGUUCCUGCCUCAGAACCAGUACGUGUCGUUCUCGAGUGCGAUGGAACCCAAAUAGAAGAUGGAGAAUAUUUUAGAACACUUGCAAAUAAUACCGUUUUAUUAUUGCUAAGGCAAGGUGAACGGUGGUAUCCUACAGGAGUUGAUGUAAUAAAAGCUGCGAUAUCAGCUAUACCUAAAAUCGUCUGUGAGACGAUUCAUGCUUUAGAACUUCACGAUGAAACGCCAUCUUGGAAAAUUAUGGAUAAUAAGGGACGAGUUACGGUGGUUCUUCAUUGGGACCAACGUCAAGGUGGUGGAAGUAGCGGCGGAGGCCAAAGUAGCAGCAAUAUGGGGGGUAUGGGUAGUGGUGGCAUUGGUGUACCAAGUAAUGGGCCUUUGUCAUCGGAUAAAUAUUCACCAUCGAAAAAAGGAUUAUCUGCACAAAAUUCACUGGACAAAUCAUCCACAUCAUCAGCAUCAAUAUUGCAUCAUCAACAACGUUAUCCUAGUCCACAAAUAACCGUUAUUAGCGAUGAAGGACCAACAAGCAUAUAUCACCCGAGUAGUAGCCGUCGCCUAUCGAAAGGUAAUGGUUCCUUUGAUAGUGCUGUUAAUGCUGUACAUGUGCAUACACCGGAAUGUGCACAUCAUGUUCAUACACCAAGUCGAGCUGGUUCACCUAGUACAACUGAGUGUGAUUUUCAUUGUUGUGCCCUACACGAAGAGGGACGUAAAAUAGCUGUACAUAAAUCAGUUGCUACGUCACCUAUACAAGAUGGUACAACUAGUCCUCAACCGCAAUCAAUUACAAUAUCUAGUAGCGGUUUAAGUGGUUUAGGUGUAAGCGGUUUAACAGGUGCAAUGGGUGGACUGGGUAUCAGUGAUACAAGCGGUAGUGGUAGUAUGUCACGUCGUUCAUCUGGUGCUAAAGGACAACAUGUUCGAUUUUUAGAUAUUGCUCCUGAACGUGAUAGUUCAGAAAGUGAAACAGAAAACACCGUUAUGGAAGAUGACAAAACAACAACUGAAAAAUUCCUAUUAUUAAUUGAUCAAUUAUCAGUUGAUCAAAAACGUCAUUUAAGUAUCAAAGAUAUUGGAAUUAUAUUAGAAAGAUUAAAUUCAAAAAUAUUAGAUGUUGAACGUUUAGAUCGUGAAUCAGAAUCAGAUGAUUGCUAUAAUUGGACGAUAAAAGCAACAAUACGUGGUGAUGCAUUACGUGAAUUAGGUGUUAUAUAUAACGGUAAUUAUUAUGCUAUAUCUGAGCAUCCUGGUUAUAAAGAAGAAAUCGAAGAAAAUGGUGAUGAGCCUGAAGAGGAAGAAGAAGAAGAAGAUAGGAUCUAAUCAAUUAAAUAAAAAAUAAAAUAAAUAAAUAAAAAUUAUAAAAUAGAUAUAAAAUUAAAUAAAAAAACAGAAAAACCAAACAGACAGAAGUUAUAUAUUUAUAUAAUAUAUGUUUAUACAUACAGAUUCAAGUAAUUAUGUAUAUUUAUAUGUAUAUACCUAAGUGUGUAGCCAAGUACACAUUCUUCUAUAUAGAUAUACACAUACAUAUUAUCAUAUAUGUAUAAAUUAUAUACAUACACACAUUAAAAAUAAUUUGUAUAAGUAAAAACAAAGGUUAAUAAUUAAAUAAAAAGAAAAUU